AGGUUGUCCCGAUUAAGUUUAUUUUCCCUCGACUGUUACUUUCCAGAGCACGAGCGGCAUUUCCAUGAGGUGGGGAUAUCUGGCUCCCAUGACGAGGAAGACUACAGGCCCUUCAUGGUGGGCUUCUUCGCUCUCCCGGCCAGCGCCCACAAGAAGAAGAGGAUCCGGACGGCGCGAUCAGUGUCCAGGCCCGCCAUUAGUCGACCCAGGAAAUACAGAGAUCUAGCAGACAGGCAACCGGGGUGGGAGACGGCGUGCAAGAUGAAGCACCUGCACGUCUCCUUCCGCGACCUGGGCUGGGAGGACUGGGUCAUCGCGCCCGAGGGCUACGACGCCAAUUACUGCGAAGGGCGCUGCAGUUUCCCCCUCCACGCCGAGCUGAACGCCACAAACCACGCCCUUGUGCAAACGCUGGUGAAAGUGGUUGGCGACGUCGCGGACGAGACGGAGGUUCCCCCCAACGCCUGCUGUGCGCCCAUCGACCUGGCGACGAUACCCGUCUUGUACUACUCUUUUGAUAACAAUAUUGUCCUCAAGAAAUAUCCUAUGAUGAUUGUCAAAACCUGUGGCUGUCAGUAGAAAAUAGAUGUAAAGAACCAUUUUAUGAUAUUGAGUGUAAGAUUAUAUAUAUAUAAAUAUAUGUAUACUGCCUUGCAUAUCCUGUCUGUCCGUAUUUAGGCUUUUGUUAUAAUAAUCACAGAUUUUGGGUUAGAUCUCUUAAUCCUAAUAGUUUUUUUUCUACUUGACUACAAAAUAUAUCGAGUUUUAUUGAAUCUAUGUAAAUAGUUUGAUGUGUUUGUGAGAGACGAGAACAAGAAACAAGAAAGAAAAUAACCGAAAAAGGAUUUAUUUUGCAAAUAGUUUUAAUCACCUCCAGCAUAUAUACUUAACUGAUGAUUUACUCAUUCAGAAUGCAUGUGAAACUUUUUUUGUAUUUCGUUUCCAGAUUAUUAGAUUUAGUUUCUCUUCACUAUCAGUGAUAUGGACUUUCAAUAUUGAUCUAAUACAGUUGCAUCUUUUAAAUAAUCCAGAUAUUCCAGAAAUAUUUAGUGCCUGUACAUAAGAAAAGGUUUUGUAACUAACAGGUCUACAUUCAUUGACUCAGCUGCAUGUGUAUAAAAUGAAGUUAAGGAAAUUA